GGGAGGAGAGGAGGGGGCCGUCCAGUCUGCUCUGGGCCCUCCUUGCUCUGUCCACUCUGACACGGUGUCCUCCAGCUUUGGUGAGGGGAAGCAGAUCUGAGGACACCUCUGGGACCAGACCAGAAACCUCCCGCCUGUCCAGAUGGACAUGAGGUCCAGCUCCUGGCCCCUCCUUGUACUAAACCUGCUGCUGCUUCUGCUGGCACUGCCACCUGGGGGCCAGGCCGCAGACUGCUAUGGGAUCCCAGGGAUGCCGGGCCUGCCCGGGGCCCCAGGGAAGGAUGGGUACGAUGGACUGCCGGGGCCCAAGGGUGAACCAGGAGUCCCAGCUACCCCUGGGACACGAGGACCCAAGGGUGAGAAGGGAGAUCCCGGCAGACCUGGCUUUCCUGGGAAAAAUGGUCCCAUGGGAACCCCUGGGCUUCCGGGGGCUCCCGGAGCCAUGGGACCCCCUGGGGAGCCAGGUGACGAGGGCAGAUACAAGCAGAAGCACCAGUCUGUGUUCACCGUCACACGGGAGACAGUCCAGUUCCCGAUCGCCGGCACCCUGGUCAAGUUCAACAGGGUCAUCACCAACCCGCAGGGAGAUUAUGACACGAGCACCGGCAAGUUCACCUGUAAAGUCCCCGGCCUCUACUACUUUGUCUACCACGCAUCGCACACAGCCAACCUGUGCCUGCUGCUGUACCACAACAAUGUCAAGGUGACCACCUUCUGUGACCACAUGUCCAACACCAAGCAGGUCAGCUCGGGCGGUGUGCUGCUGCGGCUGCAGGUGGGCGACCAGGUGUGGCUGGGGGUCAAUGACUACAACGGCAUGGUGGGAACUGCGGGCUCCGACAGCGUCUUCUCUGGCUUCCUGCUCUUCACUGACUAGGGCGGGCCUGCUCCAGCCCCCUCACGGCCCCCUCUCCCUCAGCAAGAUCCCACUGUGCCGCAUCCUCACUCAGGCCAUUCUCACCGCCAGAUGGACUCCUCCUCCAGGAAGCCCACCCUGCCCUCCUGCCCCAUGACUUUUCUCCCUCCUCUGAGCUCCUUCAGGAAUCACUGCUUUGACAUUUAACCAACACCUUCUGGGACUGUCAUUACUUUUUUCCAAGUCCUGGAAGAGAUGGGGAGAUAUAUAAAUAAAUAAUUACAUCAACAAAUAUGCCUGGCUCCGAUUCCUCCCUGCCAAUUCCUUGAAGAAGCAAUUCCCUUCAUCUUCCACUUUGCACCUGCCACAGCCAUCUGUGGGCUGCAGAUUCAGGCAUCUAGUUGGUGCUCAGUAAAGCUUGGUGCCAAGGUUGAGAUGCUCAGCACCAUUUGGCCUUUUGGGAGAGAGAUGCUCAAAUGCGGCUGAAGGCUGCAAGGGGUCCCCAAGGUGCCGUCUGCUGUCACUUGUUUGGGUGAGAGGCACUGCUGUCAUUAAAGGCAUCCAUGCUCACAGGUUAA